AUGCAAAGAGACGGCUACAAGCGUCAAGGGAAUGACAAUUGUUGGACACAGAUGCACCACUGGAGCGAGAUUGAUUCCAGGUUGGGGUCAAUGAAGAAAACACAAACUUCUCAUUUCAGUGGGACUCUGCCCUUCUCUUCAAAUUCUGUGGUUACUGUACGUAGCAGAAAUUUGAAGAAGAAUGAACUCGGUGGUGUCAUAUUUGGGUGCAAGAACUCUACAAUAAAAGAAUGUCUAUCCAAACAACUCUUUGGCUUACCAGCUCAUCACUUCUCUUAUGUGAAGAAUAUUGAACCUGGGUUGCCUCUGUUUCUGUUUAACUAUAGCAACAGGAAGCUUCAUGGAAUUUUUGCGGCCGCUAGCAAGGGGAAAAUGUCUAUAGACCCUUAUGCAUGGACAAUGGAUGGUGCAGUGAGAACAGAAUAUCCUGCACAGGUGCAAAUUCAUGUCCGACUUCAGUGCCACCCACUGUCCGAAGAAAAAUUUAGACAUGUCAUUGCAGACAACUACCACAAAUAUAACCAUUUCUGGUUUGAGCUAGACCAUGGACAAACAAGCAAAUUGAUUACCUUAUUAGAAUCCUUAGCAAUUGCCCCUGGUAAUUCUGACAUACGGAAUACAACGAUGUGGAUAAAUGUAUCUCAAUCUCUUCCAUCACUUGAAAUGCCAAGGGAAGGUGAAGCAUUUAAAAUGCUUGAAUCAGAGAUAGAGCAUUUAACUCACUUUAGUACAAAAUCAGAUUCAACUGAAAAUGAUUUUUUGUUUGAUGGAUACAUCCAGCCAUUGGAUACUCCAGUAGUUGAGAAUGAAGUAAACCAGGAUGAGAAGAACCUCAUAUUCAUGAAACUAAAGGAAUUGGCUCUGAACUGUGAAAAUGAAGAUCUCUCCUUGGCGAACAAUGUACAUGAUACUCCUGAUUUGAAUAACAUCGGCUUUGUGGAAGAAGGUUCUUUCGAGGCACCAGCUGGUUUAGACAAGAAGGAAGAGAGUCCGAGUCCUCCAUUUGAGUGUCAAUAUGACAUACCUCAGUUGGUGCAAGCAGUCAAAGAACUGACGGAUUUCAAGAAAAUACAAACCGAGAGGAAUUUUUACCUGGAGCAGAAGCUGAUGGGGGCAGAAUUGGAAAUUCAGCAUCUAAAAGAUCGUUGUACAAUGUUAGAAUCAGCAUGUAAUAUUCCUCUGACAUAUGUUGAGAAGACAGUAAUCAACUCAUCUACUGAGCUGCAUUUAGACCCCAGAGAUUCAUUAUUUUUAAUAGGAGGCUUUGAUGGAGAAUCAUGGUUAGCAACUAUGGAUUUGUAUUGUACUUCUCAGAAUGCGAUCAAAUCUCUCAAGUCUAUGAGCUUAGUUCGUUCACAUGCUUCAGUUGUAGAUUUGAAUGGGGAUAUUUAUGUUUUGGGGGGUGGAAAUGGUCAUGUUUGGUAUGACACAGUUGAAUCAUACAAUCCAGUUCUUGACAACUGGACCUUGUGCCCCUCUUUGAACCAGAAGAAAGGAAGCUUGUCUGGAGCUGCUUUGAACAACAACAUAUUUGCUGUUGGUGGUGGUGACGAAGAUGACUGCUUUUCAGAUGUUGAGAUGCUAGAUUUAGACAUUGGACGAUGGAUCCCUACACGUUCAAUGCUAGAAAAGAGAUUUGCUCUUGCUGCAGUGGAACUCAAUGGUGUGCUUUAUGCUACUGGUGGAUAUGAUGGAAAGGAUUAUUUAAAGUCUGCUGAAAGAUUUGAUCCCAGGGAACAUUCUUGGACCAAAAUACAAAACAUGAAUACAAAGCGGAGCUGCCACUCAUUGGUUGUUCUAAAUGAAAAAUUGUAUGCUCUGGGGGGCUUUGAUGCAAGCGCAAUGGUUCCAAGUGUUGAAGUGUUUGAUCCUCGUCUUGGGGUAUGGAUGAUGGGGGAACCAAUGAAUCAUCCUCGGGGUUAUUUUGCGGCUGCAGUGGUCAAGGAUUCCAUUUAUGUGAUUGGGGGAGUUAAAGUUGGUCAGAACAUUGUAGAAACAGUUGAGAAUUAUAAAGAAGGUCAGGGAUGGAGGGAAACUUGGACAACAGCAGUUGUCAAGAGGGGUUUCAUGUCAGCUAUUGCCUGCACUCAUCAGUGA